AUGGCUGCCCUACUCCGACGUCCGGUACUCAGUAACCUCUCCAAGUCGCGCUCCACUUCCUCGCCCUUCACCAUGACCACUGCGCGCUCGUACAGCUUCAACUCGUACUUCGUUACACCGGCGGAGCUGGACAAGGCGCUCAAGAAGAAUGCGCCAUCCCGCUUGUCAACCGCGCCCAGAACUGUGCCAGUCUGUGGUUCCUGGUUCCUUCCAAACGACCCAGAGAAACGCAGUGGCUUUGACGUCUUCAAGAAAGGUCACAUCCACAAUGCGCGCUUCUUCGACCUCGAUAAGGUGGCCGACACGUCUAGUCCGUACCCGCACAUGUUGCCGAGCCCAGACGUGUUCAAGGAUGCCUUGAGCAAAUUGGGAAUCAAGCGAGACGAUACGAUUGUGGUAUACGAUACGGCGGAGCUCGGCAUUUUCUCUGCACCCAGAGUUGCUUGGACAUUCAAGGUCUUCGGCCACCCUGAAGUGCACAUUCUGAACAACUUCCGCCUCUGGGUGGAACAGGGUUACCCGACUGAGGAGGGCGAACCAAAGCAGUUUGAGCAGACGGAAUAUCCUACUCCUGAAUUGGACAAGGCCAAGGUUAUAGCAUUCGAGGAGAUCAAGAGCAUUGCGUUCGACCACAACAAGGAGGGGAGCGAAGGUGUUCAAGUCUUGGACGCACGUUCGGCAGGCCGCUUCAAAGGUAAGUCACUACGCGACGGUACACCGCGCAGCAUUGCCCCGACACUUGGCCUGGAAUUAGUCAUGUUGGACGCAAGAACGCUCUCCUGUUGGAAUGUGACUGAACUGAUCUUCGCUUCGUAGGAACUGAUCCAGAACCUCGCCCAGGUCUUUCCAGUGGGCAUAUGCCUGGCAGUACAUCGGUCCCUGUCCCAGAGCUGCUCGAUCCACAGACGAAGGCCUUCCUUCCCGCAGAGGAACUCCAGAAGAUCUUUCAACAGAAAGCAGUCGAUCCAAAAAGACCGGUGAUCUCGAGCUGCGGAACUGGAGUCACAGCGACCGUGAUCGAUGCUGCCUUGAUUGAGGCUGGCUACGGUGACGGGAGGUACGUUCGCUACUCUAACAAAUGACUGUGGUGUGACGUACUAACGCAUUGUUCAGUCGACGCAUCUACGAUGGAAGCUGGACCGAAUUCGCACAACGGGUUCAACCCAGUGAAAAUCUGAUCAUUAAGGACAUAUAA